AUGAAAUCUAAUUUUAACACAAAAUAUGAUAAAACACCAUCUUUAUUUGAUAUAAAUUUAAGUAUAAAACCAGAAUUAAAGAAUAACUCUUUGAAAGUGAGUAAAGCUAAACAAAACUUUCAUAAUAAAGAAAAUAGAGAUGUUAAGAUUAUUAAAAAUAGAAAUCUUUUUGGAAGCUCCCUAGAAAAUAUACAAACAGAUGAUUAUCAAGUGGGUAAGUUUAAUUAA